GCAAAAUGGCGGUGUUGUAGCUUGUUGACUGUUGUUUGAUUAUUCACAUGUGUAAAAAUUAUUAGGAUGAUAAUUUUGUAAAUAAAAUUAUAGAAUAUCUUUACUUAUUGCUCGUGUAAUAAUAUAACUUAACAUUGUUUUUGUGUAAGCCAAUUUUUUUAAUAACCAAAAAUGGAGUACAGGUCUAGCAAACGUAUAAAAGAUGAUAAAUACAGCGAUAACGAAGCAUCUGAGGAAAAGCAUAGGGAUAGAAGAUCCAAAAGACGUCGAUCAAGAUCUAGGACACCCAAAGAAAACCGAAACGAGAACCGAUCCAAGCGUAGACAUUCGAAGUCGCCAGCUAGAAACGACGAAAAGCAAAAACGUACACAUGUAAAAGAUGCUGAAACUAAGCCAGAUCCACCCGUCAGAAAGGCAAAAGAGACUGACAUGCUCAACACACGGACUGGAGGUGCUUACAUUCCUCCUGCACGUCUCCGGAUGAUGCAAGCACAAAUAACCGAUAAGUCGUCAGUCGCAUAUCAGAGACUCGCCUGGGAAGCUCUGAAAAAGUCGAUUCACGGACACAUCAACAAGAUCAAUGUCGGUAAUAUCGGCAUCAUUAUAAAAGAGCUUCUAAAAGAAAACAUAGUGCGAGGUCGCGGUUUACUCUGUCGGUCAGUCAUACAGGCCCAAGCUGCGUCGCCUACGUUCACUAAUGUAUACGCGGCUCUCGUCUCCGCCGUUAAUUCGCGUUUUCCGAAUAUUGGAGAGCUCCUACUAAAAAGGCUGGUGAUUCAAUUUAAAAGAGGUUUCAAACGCAACGACAAGGCUACCUGUAUUUCGUCAGCUUCUUUCAUUGCUCAUCUCGUAAAUCAAAAAGUUGCACACGAAAUUUUGGCCUUGGAGUUACUGACACUACUUGUGGAGACACCUACUGAUGAUUCAGUCGAAGUUGCAAUAGCCUUCUUAAAGGAAUGCGGACAGAAAUUAACAGAAGUCUCUUCAAAAGGUUGUAAUGCUAUAUUUGAAAUGCUUAGAAAUAUUCUACAUGAGGGGCAGCUGGAUAAAAGAGUUCAGUACAUGAUAGAAGUUAUGUUCCAAGUUUGGAAAGACGGGUUCAAGGACCACCCCGCCGUUAUAGAGGAGUUGGAGCUGGUGCCAGAAGAGGAGCAGUUCACACACCUUCUUACACUGGACGAUGCUACGGAUUCACAGGAUAUUCUGAAUGUUUUUAAAUUUGAUGACAAAUAUGAAGAAAAUGAGCAGAAAUAUAAGACCCUCAGCAAGGAAAUACUCGGGACUGAUGCAGAGUCAGGAGAGGAGGAUGGCUCCGAUGGAUCGGGGAGUGAUGAGUCCGAAGAUGAGGAGGACGACGAGGAAAAGAAAGAUGUGACUAUCAUAGACAAAACUGAAACCAACUUGGUGGCACUACGUAGAACCAUCUACCUCACAAUAAAUUCCAGUUUGGACUUUGAGGAGUGUGCUCAUAAACUGAUGAAAAUGCAGCUGAAACCUGGACAGGAAAUUGAACUCUGCCACAUGUUCCUAGAUUGCUGCGCAGAACAGAGGACAUACGAGAAGUUCUAUGGUCUUCUAGCCCAGAGGUUCUGUAACAUCAACAGAAUUUACAUAGGUCCAUUUGAAGAGAUAUUCAAAGAUUCCUAUGCUACUGCACAUAGAUUAGAUACAAAUAGGCUUAGGAAUGUGAGCAAAUUCUUUGCUCAUCUCCUGUUCACUGACUCUAUCAGCUGGGAAGUGCUGGAGUGUGUCAAGCUGAAUGAGGAGGACACUACAAGUUCUAGUAGAAUUUACAUUAAGAUUCUGUUUCAAGAGCUAGCCGAGUACAUGGGCUUGAAAAAGCUAAAUGACCGUCUCAAGGACCCGACAUUGCAAGGGGCUUUCUCUGGGGUAUUCCCAAGAGACAAUCCAAAGAAUACUCGUUUCUCCAUCAAUUUCUUCACUUCCAUUGGUCUUGGUGGUUUGACUGAUGAGCUUCGUGAGCAUCUCAAACAAAUGCCCAAGAAUGUUCCACCACCAGUCACAGAAAUCAAUAUAGACAGCGAGACAAGUUCAGAUUCCAGUUCCAGCUCUAGUAGUAGUAGCAGCUCUGAUUCUUCCUCCAGUGACUCGAGUGACACAGAAGAGCAAAGUGGAAAAAAAACUAAAGGUAAGAAGGGAAAAAAAGAUAAUGCAAAGAAGCCCCAGACUCCAGAACCAGAAGAAGCGGGAUCCAAUAUAUCAGCAAAGAGGUGGGGUCAUGAUGGUUUUUAUGACACAUACGGCCAAGGUGCAAAACGCGCGGAACCAAAUAGGUCUGAAAGCUUUAGGCUCAAUGAAAGGGAGCAUGAAAAUAGUAGAAGGAAUAAAUACCAAAAAAGUAAUGGAGACGGUCGUAAAGACCGGGAAAAACGAGACAGAAGUGUAGAUAAGGAGAGAAGAGAAAGAUAUGACGAUAGAAAUAAAUGUAAUGAAGGUGAUACUAGAUCAAGAGAUAAAGAAAGUGGAAGAAGAAAAGAAAGAGAUGAGGAAGAAUCAAACAGAAAAGAUAGAAAUAGACAUGAGACAAAUCAUGAACAGAGGCAUAGAAGAAAUUACGAAGACAAUGAAACGAGACAUAAAAAUGACAGCGAAGAUGAAACGCGACGUACAAAGGAUGAUUCAAGACGUAGUCGGGACGAAAAUAAUAUGCGAAGGCGGGAUGAAGAAAAUGACACACGUAAACGAGAUGAUGAUAAUGAUAACAGACGUAGACGAGAUGAUGACAAUAAUGCCAGGCGUGAACGGGAUGAUGGCAAAGAUACGCGACGUAAGCGGGAUGAUGAAAAUGAUGCCAGACGAAGACAGGAUAGUGCGAAUAAUACACGACGUGGGCAGGAUGAAGAAAUUGAUAUUAGACGUAAGCAAGAUGAUGAUGAUCAUUUUAGGCGAAGACGUAAUGACGACGAUCACAGUAGACAAAGGCGGGAUGAUGAAAAUGGUACUAGACGCCGACGCGAUGAUGAUUCCAGGCGUAGACAUGAACCAGAAAAGAACAGAGAAACAUAUAAUGUACCAAAAAGAAUGGAAGAAACGGAAGAUACAACUCGCAGAAAAGUAGAUAAAAGCGAAAGCAUGCGAAGAAGAGAAAGAGAAAAUGAGGAAAGAAGCAGAACAGAAGCAUUACGACAGCGGAAAGAUAGUAAAAAAGAAGCUAGAGAAAUAAGAGAAAACAAUGAUGAAGCAAGACAAGACAAAAAAAUACACAGAGAUAUGUUAGAACAUGAAAGCCCAAAAGAUUACGAUAGAAAAAAAUACGAGGAACAAAAGGUUGAAAAAUAUUCAAAAAGUAAGGAUAAAAGAAAGAAUAAAAAACAAAAAAUAAAACAAAAAAGUGACACAGACAGCAGCAACACAAGUUCUGAGAGUGAUUCAAGUUCCGAUAGUGACACUGGUACAGAAAAUAGCGAUUCAAAUUCAAAUAGAGACACUAAUAACAGGAACAAUAAGAAAAAAGUUCAAAAAACUAAAAAAAGAAAUUCUAGUGACUCAGACACUGAACAAAAGAAUUUUUCUGGUCGGUAUUGGGAUAAUUUUGACAUUGAAAGUCGCAAUAAAGCAGAAAACAAAAUUAAUAGGACAAAGUAGAACAUAAAAAUUAUACAAUAGUAAAUAAAACUUUGUAAACAAAUUUAUACUUUAACUAUUAUGUUGUAGGUGUAUUAUUAUAAUUUA